AGCCGAGCCUCGGCCAGCUCCGGGGGGCGGGCGCUCGAGCGCAGCGCAGAGCAGCCCCAUCGGUCCGCGGAGCGGACUCCACUGGAAGCCGAGCGCUGCCACGGUAGGCGGGCGAUGGGGGCAGGUGCCGCCGGCUGCGCCAUGGACUGGCCGCGCCUGCUGCUGCUGCUGCUGCUCCAGGGGGUGUCCCUUGGAGGUGCCAAGGAGACCUGUCCCACAGGCAUGUACACUCACAGCGGCGAGUGCUGCAAAGCCUGCAACCUGGGUGAGGGCGUGGCCCAGCCUUGUGGAGCCAACCAGACCGUGUGUGAGCCCUGCCUGGACAGCGUGACCUUCUCGGACGUGGUGAGCGCCACCGAGCCGUGUAAGCCGUGCACCGAGUGCGUGGGGCUGCAGAGCAUGUCAGCGCCCUGCGUGGAGGCGGACGACGCCGUGUGCCGCUGCGCCUACGGCUACUACCAGGACGAGACGACCGGCCGCUGCGAGGCGUGUCGCGUGUGCGAGGCGGGCUCGGGGCUGGUGUUCUCGUGCCAGGAUAAGCAGAACACCGUGUGCGAAGAGUGCCCCGACGGCACGUACUCCGACGAGGCCAACCACGUGGACCCGUGCCUGCCCUGCACGGUGUGCGAGGACACCGAGCGCCAGCUUCGCGAGUGCACGCGCUGGGCCGACGCGGAGUGCGAGGAGAUCCCGGGCCGCUGGAUGACACGGGCUACACCCGCCGAGGGCUCCGACAGCACAGAGCCCAGCACCCAGGAGCCUGAGGUACCUCCAGAGCAAGACUUCGUAACCAGCACGGUGUCCGAUGUGGUGACCACAGUGAUGGGGAGCUCCCAGCCCGUGGUGACCCGAGGCACCACCGACAACCUCAUCCCUGUCUAUUGCUCCAUCCUGGCUGCCGUGGUCGUGGGCCUAGUGGCCUACAUCGCCUUCAAGAGGUGGAACAGCUGCAAGCAGAACAAGCAAGGAGCCAACAGCCGGCCCGUGAACCAGACGCCGCCACCCGAGGGAGAGAAACUCCACAGUGACAGCGGCAUCUCUGUGGACAGCCAGAGCCUGCAUGACCAGCAGCCCCACACGCAGACGGCCGCAGGCCAGGGCCUCAAGGGUGACGGAGGCCUCUACAGCAGCCUGCCGCUGGCCAAGCGGGAGGAGGUGGAGAAGCUGCUGAAUGGCUCCGCAGGGGACACCUGGCGGCACCUGGCGGGCGAGCUGGGCUACCAGCCCGAGCACAUAGACUCCUUCACCCAUGAGGCCUGCCCGGUCCGCGCCCUGCUGGCCAGCUGGGCCGCCCAGGACAGCGCCACGCUCGACACCCUCCUGGCCGCCCUGCGCCGUAUCCAGCGAGCCGACAUCGUGGAGAGCCUGUGCAGCGAGUCCACGGCCACGUCCCCAGUGUGAGCCAGCCAGCCGGGGAGCCCCCGCCCUGCCCCCGCAUUCCGAUGACUGAUGCUCCAGCCAACCCCCACGGGCCAGCGUCAGAGCUGUGCACCUCUGGGCAGGGCCUUGGAGCCUCGGCCCGCUCCCCCCCCCCCCCCAAACCACAGCCCUGUCACUACUCCUGUGUGGCCCCAUCGCUCUGAUCACAGUGCCAGAAGCGCCCCUGCUGCCUCUCCCACCCCUCCCGGCCCCAUCACCAUCUCAGGCCUUCGCUCCCAUCUCCCCCCACCUCUGGGGGCGGAGGGGGGGGAACAGCCCCUCCCCCCUUAACAGGUAGUCAUUGCAGGGGGGCUGACACCAGGGAUGGUGUUGGGGGCAUGACAAGGCCCCAGAGACGCAGAGGGAGAGACUGCGGUACCAGAGCCAUGGACUCACACUGUGAACUUGGGGAACAAGGAGCAUCAUCAUGGCCUAGACCUCCCUCUGCCCCCCUUCCUCCUCCCCUCUGGCCUAAAGUGAAAAGGAUCAGAGGUUUGUCAGAGCUGGAAGGGGGGGGUUGGAAUCUAGCUCACCCCCCUCCUUUUAUCUACAGGACAGUGAGGCCCAGAGAGAGGCAGGGACUUGCCCGAAGCCACACAGCAAUGGGGAGGCCAAAGAUGGGCUGCCCUCCCCACCCCCCCCCGCCAAAUGAGGGGCGCAGGCCUCGGUUUGCUGGGAGUCGGGGGCCAGGCGACCCUCUGGGAAAGGUCUCGAAGCCAAACCCAGUCUGCCCGUCACCAUCUCCAGGCCUGUCUAGUCCCUGUGGACAGGGGAUGCUUCACCGAAGGCCUGGUCCCCUGAGGCGUCAUGAUCACGAUCAGGUUUGGGGUUUGUGGCCUAGGGUGCUGCUUCCCCCUACCUGUCCCCACAGGCAUGUCACCGUGGCAUCCCUGGUGUGGCCCAGUCUGCAGGUACCCGCCAUUCCAGCACAGACCCCAAGCCAACGUAGGCAGCAUCUUCUUCCCCCCCCUCCCCCCUCCCCCGGAGCCAGCCCUGGAGGUCUGGGGACUAAGGACCCCUCCCACCCCAACCCACAACACACACAUUCACAGGCACACACACACAGGGGAGGAGAAAUCUUGCUUCUCUCCAAGAGUUCUUUCUCUUGGACUGCGACCGGAUCUUGCUGGGGCAGCUGCCAGAGAAGCAUCGAAGGGAUUUGAACUCUGCUUGCUGUCUCCCCUCGCCCCCGGGUUUGGCGGGCCAAGGACGGCUGAGGCUGGAGCUGGCGCCUGCCUUCCAAGAGCCUGCACGCGGAGGAAUGCUCCCCGCUCCCCCCCUUCCCCGCAAGCCCGGCUUUGGCUGCACCCCGGAGGCAGCAAGGACGCAAAGCGGACCAGCGUGGGAACGCAGCAGGAAGGAACUGAGUUACACGGUGGCCCAGAGCGUGUCUCUCGCGAGUUUAAAGGACCCCGUGAAGGACGUUUUCCCCCUAGCUUGGUACCAGAAAGGGGCCGGGCGGUCCCUCCCUGGCCUGUUCUGUUUUGCCUGAUGUUGGAAUGAGUGUGGACCCCCUCUAUUUAGCAUGAACGAGCCCCGAGCAGAGUGUACAGGGACAGCCGCCGCCCCCCCCACACCCUGUCCCCAGCCCAAGGUUCUCCCAUCCCUAUAUAAGGGACUGGAAACAUCGUACCUGGAUGGUAUUUCUUCCAUCUGAUUCUGUGACAGGAGGAGGAAAUUCACCUGCUGGCCCCUCACCUGUGACCCUGGGGAGUGAGGCCAAGUCCCAGGUAUUUAUUUUCCUCCCCAGCAGCAGGGGAGGGGGCGGGAGGUUGCAAAUAUGUCUCAGCAUGUGUUUGGUUCUGGGGCCCCUCCUCCUGCCUCCCUUUGGGCCGAGAUGGAACCCUUUUGCACCCACCCUUCCCCCCAGCUGGAGGCCAUGUGAGCUCCAGACUCCCUGUCCCCUGCCCUGUCCCCUGCCCUUUGCAUCCUGUGUAAUCAUUUCUUGGGCCCUCCUGAAACCUACACAUAAAACGUAAAUGAUGACCAUUAAAUAGCAAAGAAAGAAAAAUCA